CUGCACAGAGCGGCAGCACUAAAAGAAGGAGGCGUGUGACAGCAGCACACGGCUAACAGCGAAAACAACCCAAGUUUGUGUGAGUGGUCCCUUAAACAGCAGCCGUGCCCCGCCGCGCCCCCACCCCCAGCGGAGCCGUCAUGUGGCAAGAGGCCCGCAAACACGAGCGCAAGCUCCGUGGCAUGAUGGUAGAUUACAAACGCCGAGGAGAGCGACGGCGAGAGUACUACGAGAAGAUAAAAAAAGAUCCAGCUCAGUUUCUUCAGGUCCAUGGCAGAGCGUACAAGAUUCAUCUGGAUCCCGCUGUGGCCAUGGCUGCAGAGAGCCCCAUCAACAUGAUGCCAUGGCAAGGAGAUGCCAACAACAUGAUUGACAGGUUUGAUGUGAGGGCUCACCUAGACUACAUCCCGACAUACACUCCUCCACUGCUCAGCACGUCAACCCCAGAGCAGGAGAUGGAGGAGAGGAAGUGUAAUUACGAGCGAUACAGAGGCCUAGUGCAGAAUGACUUUGCCAACAUCUCUGAGGAGCAGUGUUUAUACCAGAUCUACCUGGAUGAACUCUAUGGUGGCCUGCAGAAACCAAGUGAGGACGAGAAGAAAAAGCUGGCUGAAAAGAAAGCUACCAUUGGUUACACGUAUGAAGACAGCACCGUGGCGGAGCCCGACCCCCAGUCAGACAAAGAUGAGGACGAUUCAGAAAACAGCGAAUCAGAAGAGGAUGAGGGCAUCCCAGAUAUCGAUGUGGAGGUUGACGUUGACGAGCUGAACGAGGAACAGGUGUUGGACGUAAACAAAAUGGCAACCCCAUAUGGGAUGGCUGAAGGAGACUUUGUUAGGAUGUUGAGGAAAGACAAGGAGGAAGUGGAGGCCAUCAAACAUGCCAAAGCUUUGGAGGCAGAGAAGGCCAUGUACUCUGGCCGGCGUUCCCGCAGACAAAGGAGAGAGUUCAGAGAGAAGAGACUAAAAGGUAGACAGAUCAGCCCACCAAGCUACGCCAGGAGAGACAGCCCAACAUACGAUCCCUAUAAACGGCCAGAGUCGGAGUCUAGCUCUGAGUCGCGGUCACGCUCUCGUUCUCCCGGUCCGGAGAAGAUCACAUUCAUCACCAGCUAUGGAGGCAGCGAUGAUGAAGCAGUAGCGGCGGCGGCGGCGGCGGCAGCAGCAGCAGCAGUAGCGGCGGCGGCAGCAACACAAUCAACUGCUCCCCACUCCGGACACGCUCCCUCCAGCUUGCAGCACCCUGCAGGUCAUAGCAGAGGCUCCCGGAGGAGAAGGUCUUCCUCCAGUCGCUCCCCUUCCUCCUCCUCCCGCUCCUCAUCACGGUCCUCCUCCCGUUCUUCUUCCCGUUCCCGCCGUGGCCGACGUGGGCGUGGGGGAAGGGACGGGCGACGAUCCCGUAGCCGAUCGCGGUCGAGGCGGCGUUCCCGAUCUCACUCACGAGGCAGAGCAGGGAAUGGAGGGGCCGCAUCCUGGAGGAGACGUGACCGGACACGAUCGCGGUCCAACGACAGAGAGCGAGGAAGGGACAGAGACCGGGACCGGGACAGGAGACGGUACUCGGCACGCAGACGGACGAGGUCCCGUUCCAGCUCACGGCAGGGGGGCAGCUCGAGGAGAGGGGGGCGGAGCAGCGGAGGUCAUCGGAGGGCCGACAGCGGCAGCCGAAGUCCCUCCCGGUCCCGUAGUCGCUCCAACCGCACUCCCUCCCCUCACAGAGGAGCCCCACCCUCUUCCAACACCAUCUGUGACAAGCUAAGAAAGCCUGAUACUCCGGGUGGUAAAGAGACGGGAGCUGCCAAACACAAGAUGACCCCACAGGAGAAGCUGAAGAUCAAAAUGCAGAAGGCGCUCAACAGGCAGUCCAAGGCGGAUAAAAGAGCGGCCCAGGUGAAGAUCCAGCAGCAAGAGAGCAAACGACAGGAGCGAGAGGGAGAGCUACGAGCCAUGGCACGCAAGAUACGCAUGAAGGAGCGAGAGAGACGUGAGAAGGAGAGAGAUGAAUGGGAGAGACAGUACGGGCGUCAGAGCCACUCGCCUUCCCCUUCCAAACAUGGCCGAGAGCACAGCUCACACAGAAGGAGGUCACGGUCUAGGUCACGGAGUCCAUACUACCGAUACUGAGCUGAGGAAACAUGGACGCCUACAGUCCCAUCAGUACACAGCCAUGUAAACGUAUUCUAACAAAUGGCCAACAAACGUGAAAAGAUGGAGUGAUCAAGAUACCAAUGUUUACCUGAACACUCUGUCCUCUGGUAUGUGUCCACAGAUUAUAAUAUUUGGACGGUGAUACCAUUAAUUUCGCUUAUCAAAGCCAAUUGGUUCAGCCGAGCUGAGUUUGAUCUGCCCUUUUCAUUUUUGAUUCAACUUGUAAAAAGAGUUCAGCUUUAAUAAAUUAGUUUUUUCUUCUGCAUGCUUCUUUUUUCUUUCUCUGACUGAACAGUUCUUCUCAACUCCUCUGAAGAUGUUGAAUUGUAUUUCAAAGUACAUAAAACUAAGCAAUAUCUCACCUUUUACCUCACAUCGUCUUCAUGUCAGCCUUUUUCUUUUUUUUCUCCGACAAGCUCUUACUACAGAACAUAUUAACCAACUCUCAAGAGCCGAUGUACAUGAUAUGUAUACUUAUCAAUUUAAAACAAACUCCCUGUAUAAAUUCUAUCUAUAUCAUCGGUCUUUUUAUACUCUGUCCUCUGCUUACCAGUUUACAGCAGCAUAUAGCUUUUUUGUUUUCAGUGUUUACGGAAUGUAAAAUAUGGAACAAUAAAUACAACUCACUUUGAAA